UCAGCUUCAUACGUGUAUUAUUGCUAUCUCAACAGUAUCCCCGGAGUUUCACCAUCUGGCCGCUUCUGCCCUUGAUUCCCCUCUCCUUCGCUUCUUCGGUACCUGUCAGCUUUUCUCGUGCUUCUGUACAGGCUCUGUAAUACCUAGUGAACGGUGGUGACACUUCACGAGUCGCCGUACAAGUAUAGCGCAGUCACGAGAUCCAAUCGGAAAGAGACAAGCACGGAAGGCGGAGAUUCCUCUUUUGUCUCCCUUCGAAUUCCAUCUAAACACCGUCCCCAUUCUCUAUCAUGCAUGAAGGACUCGACUGCACAGGAUCACGGAAAAUUUCGAGAGCCAGGGUGGCGAGGAUCCUUUUGUACCUGGCAGCUAUAAAAGACAAGCAUCUCGCUUCUUCAUCUUGACUUUUUACCACCAUGUCCUAUCGCCUCUCGUUACUUCUAUUUGCUGCCUCACACGUAGUAGCUCUAUGGCCAAUACCACAGAGUAUCACAACGGGCUCUACUCAGCUACAACUCUCCCCUUCAUUUGAUAUUUCGCUCUCUGGCAUCAAAUCUCCACCUAGUGACCUCAACGAAGCUAUCUCGCGUACAAAACAUUAUCUGUUCAACGACAAGCUACAACGUCUGGUAGAAGGACGCGGAGCUGCUGACGCAGACGCUAUCAAGAGCGCCAGCCGUCUCACAAAGCUAAACCUCGUCUUUCAAGGAGCAAACGCGUCGAGUAUUUCGGAUGAAGCGGUGGCGGAACUUGAAAAUCGCGUGGACAGCUAUACUCUCACAGUUCCUGCUGACGGGGGGGACGCCACUGUCACGGCCAAUUCAACGCUGGGACUUUUCCGCGGGCUUACGACGUUCAGCCAGCUAUGGUAUGACUGGGAGGGUAUAACUUACACUCCCGAAGCACCAGUUGACAUCGUCGAUUCCCCAGCAUACCCAUACCGAGGAUUCAUGCUUGAUACUGCAAGAAACUUUUUCCCUGUCUCCGAUAUUAAGCGCACUCUGGAUGCCAUGAGUUGGGUCAAGAUGAACACAUUCCACUGGCAUGUUGUAGACAGCCAAAGCUUCCCUCUCCAAGUUCCUCAGUUCCCCGAUAUAUCCGCCAAGGGUGCCUACUCUUCUUCGUCUGUUUACAGUGCUUCGGAUAUAAAAGAUAUCGUUGCAUAUGCUGCUGCUCGCGGUAUCGAUGUUUUGGCUGAAUUUGACACCCCCGGACAUACCGCCAGCAUUUCAGAAGCAUAUCCUGAUCACAUUGCCUGUGCAGGCGCUACUCCAUGGGGCACCUAUGCAAAUGAACCGCCCGCUGGACAGCUUCGUAUCGCAUCCAGCGCCACCGUCAACUUCACCACAUCUCUCGUCUCUGCCAUUUCCUCCAUGUUCACCUCCAAGUAUUUCUCAACUGGUGGCGAUGAAAUCAAUGCCAACUGCUAUACGGACGACGUUGCGACGCAAUCUGACUUGUCAGCAAGUGGACAAACGUUCACCGAAGCCUUGUCCUCUUUCACCCAAUCCACUCACGGAGCCUUGCGUGCCGCUGGUAAAACUCCCGUGGUAUGGGAGGAGAUGCUUCUUAACUACAACGUCACCAGCCUUGGGAACGACACUGUUGUAAUGGUAUGGAUCUCAUCCGAAAAUGUCGCGGCAGUCGCGGAGAAAGGAUAUAAGCUCGUGCACGCAGCAUCUGAUUACUUCUACCUUGACUGUGGUGGUGGUGGCUGGCUGGGCGGAUCUGUCAAUGGGAACAGCUGGUGUGAUCCGUUCAAGACGUGGCAAAAGGCGUACUCAUUCAAUCCCACUGCCAACCUGACAGAUGAAGAAAGUCAGCUGGUGUUGGGUGGUCAGCAUCUCCUCUGGACAGAGCAAUCCUCACCGUCAAAUCUGGAUCCGAUUGUCUGGCCUCGAGCGGCGGCGUCAGCGGAGGUCUUUUGGAGUGGUCCUGGACGGAAUGGUAUUGAGGCACUUCCUAGACUGCACGAAGUCGGUUUCCGCUUCCACCAACGUGGUGUCGCGGCUAUUGCUCUCCAGCCGUUAUGGUGCGCCCUGAGACCUGGUCUUUGUGAUGCUUAACGCUUGUCUUGCUGUCCGAAUGUUGCUAUCUCUUGAUGUCCAGGACUCUUGUAAAUGCACUACCUAUCAUCGUUGUAAUUAUCGCACCUACGGGUAAAUGUAUGUUGCCUAGUAGUAUGACGCCCUAUUUCAGACUACACCGUCGCCCCUUCAUCUUCAUUUUCCAACGUUGUUCGCAACAAAAUGACGGAGCGUUUAAAGUUAAGCUGCAAUAAUCAAAUAAGAUCAGGAAC